UCCAAUGAGGUCAGCAAAGGUAUUUAUCGAAAAGCCCUGAAUAAAAAGGCUCCACACACACACAUACAAGCAUACACGCGCUCACACAGAGAGAAAAUCCUCUUGCCUGUUGAUUUAUGGAAACAAUUAUGAUUCUGCUGGAGAAUUUCUCAGCUGAGAAAUAGUUUGUAGCUACAGUAGAGAGGCUCAAGUUGCACAAGGCAGACAACAGACAUGGAAUUCUUGUGUAUCCAGCUGUUAUCAACAGAACAAAUAGGAAGAGGUCAAUGACCUAGGAGCAACAAUCAACUCAAGAUUUAAUUUUCAUUAUGUUAUUCAUGAACACCCGGAGCACUACACUAUAAUGCGCAAAUGGAUACUGACAUGGAUCCUGCCAACUUUGCUCUACAGAUCAUGCUUUCACAUUAUCUGUCUAGUGGGCACUAUAUCUUUAGCUUGCAAUGACAUGACUCCAGAGCAAAUGGCUACAAAUGUGAACUGUUCCAGCCCUGAGCGACAUACAAGAAGUUAUGAUUACAUGGAAGGAGGGGAUAUAAGAGUGAGAAGACUCUUCUGUCGAACACAGUGGUAUCUGAGGAUUGAUAAACGAGGCAAGGUCAAAGGAACCCAAGAGAUGAAGAACAGUUACAAUAUCAUGGAAAUCAGGACAGUGGCGGUUGGAAUUGUGGCAAUCAAAGGGGUGGAAAGUGAAUAUUAUCUUGCAAUGAAUAAGGAAGGAAAACUCUAUGCAAAGAAAGAAUGCAAUGAAGAUUGCAACUUCAAAGAAUUAAUUCUGGAAAACCAUUACAACACAUAUGCAUCAGCUAAAUGGACACACAGCGGAGGAGAAAUGUUUGUUGCUUUAAAUCAAAAGGGGGUUCCUGUAAGGGGGAAAAAAACGAAGAAAGAACAAAAAACAGCCCACUUUCUUCCUAUGGCAAUAACAUAAUCAUAUAUGGUAUAUAAGAAACCAGUUCCAGCAGGGAGAUUUCUUUAAGUGGACUGUUUUCUUUCUUUUUCUCUUUUCUUUUCUUUCUUUCUUUUUUUUUUUUAAGUAACCAAGAAAGGCUGGAAAACUACUGAAAAACUGAUCAAGCUGGACUUGCGCAUGUAUGUUUAUUUUAAGAGACUGCAUUAAAGAAAGAUUUGAAAAAAUAUACACAAAAAUCAGAUUUAGUAACUAAAAGUUGUAAAAAAUUGUAAAACUGGUUGUACAAUCAUGAUGUUAGUAAUGGUAAUGUUUUUUCUUAAAUUAAUUUACCCUUAAGAGUAUGUUAGAUUUGAUUAUCUGGUAAUGAUUAUUUAAAUAUUCCUAUCUGCUUAUAAAAUGGCUGCUAUAAUAAUAAUAAUAAUGCAGAUGAUGUUAUAAAAGAUAUGUCAGACCUAAAGGCUGCUGGAAUGAUUUGUCAGAUAAUCAAGCCAAUACAAACUAUGGAAGAUGAGCAGUAUUUGAAAGCUUUUUUAGUGAAAAAUUAUAAUCCACUUAAAUUCUAAUCAGAAAAGAAAGAAUAUUCUCAAGAAUUCUAAUAUGGAAUGGAAUCAAAUAGGUAGUUUUACAAAAGUGAAAUAUUAGAAAAUGCUUAUACCUAUUAACAAGA